CAAAUAUUUUGAUUCUUGUCGGGUAAAGAGCUAUGUCUAGUCUCUCCUCGGAAACACCAUCAUGUCGCUCUCUUGGAACGCUCGCCUGGACAACAUCUUCGGUGCCGGUGCCUCAUCUAGAGGACUGCCUAUCGUCGCCACUGCAUUUGCGGGCAUCGCUUUGACGCUGAUCAGCUCGUCGCUGAGCGUGGCCCGGUCGCCGAAGCUGCUCAAGGCGCCAACGCCGAAGAACGAGGGCGCCUACCCUUUCGACCUCUUUGAAGAGGGGCGUCACGACUUGACGACGCCCUACGGCAACAUUCGCUACUAUGAGGUGGGACCAGAGGAUGGCAAAAAGGUACUGCUGGUUCACGGCAUCAGCACCCCUUCGCCCGCCUGGAAGUUCCUCGUGCCUGCCCUCAUCAAAGCAGGAUAUCGUGUGUUGUGCUACGACUUGCCCGGCCGCGGCUAUUCAGACACGCCCCAGGUGGCCCACGACACCGCUCUUCUGGUCUCACACCUCGCCCUGCUCCUCGCCGCUCUGCCGCACUGGGACAAAUUCACGAUCAUUGGCAUGUCGAUGGGUGGACCCAUCGCUAGUGCAUUCGCGACCUACUACCCUCAACGCAUCCAUGCCGUCUUUCUCAUCUGUCCCGCUGGAGCCACACCUCGAAGGGACUUGAAGCUGUCCAGCUACCUCAUCCGUUCCUCUUGGUUCCCGCACAGCCUGGCCAAGCUGUUCAUCCUCGGCAACUUUGCCCCGCUUCCUGUGCCCAAGGGCAUCGACACUCUGCCCGGCUGGCAACUCAAAUUCCACUCUGGCUUUGCCUUUGCCCUGACGUCCUCUAUUCAGAGCGCCCCGCUGUACGACGGCACUGCGUUUUUGCAAAACGUCGUCGAUGUCUUUGGUCCAAAAGUCGAGGCAGUCUGGGGCGACGACGACACGAUCGUCCCAAUGGAAACGAGCCAGUACAUCAAGGGGCUCAACGUCCGAUGCAUCCCCGGCGCAGGCCACUUUGCCCUCCUCACGCACCCAGACCAAGUCUCUGCGCACAUGCUCGAUUUCCUCUCCAAGGCCGCGGCGUGAUCUUCUUCCCUGUAGUGGGCGUCGCCCUCCUAUUUGUUCCCCCCACGACGAGAAGCUCCCAGAGAAAAUUAGUUUCGGCCGAGAAUAUUCUCGCGAUGUGGAGAAGGUGCGAGAAGCCACUGGGCCUCUAUG